AUGACGAAACUCACAACUAUGAACUAUUUAUCAUCAGAACUAGAGGCCUCGGUUGUCAUUGGAAUGGAUGUGGCUGCAUCUGAGUUCUACACAUCAGACAAGACCUACGGCUUGAAUUUCAAAGAAGAGAACAAUGAUGGCUCGCAAAAGAUUUCUGGAGAUGCUCUCAAGGACCUGUACAAGUCAUUCCUUGCAGAGUACCCAAUUGUAUCCAUUGAAGACCCAUUUGACGAAGACGACUGGGAGCACUAUGCCAAGAUAACCCGCGAGGUGGGCGAGAAGUAUCAGGUUGUAGGUGAUGAUCUGUUGGUCACCAACCCCAAGGUUAACCAAAUAGGAUCUGUAACGGAGAGUAUUGAGGCGGUUAAGAUGGCAAAGAGAGCUGGUUGGGGAGUGAUGGCCAGCCACCGUAGUGGAGAGACCGAGGACACCUUCCUUGCUGACUUAUCUGGGCAAAUCAAGACCGGAGCUCCAUGCAGAUCAGAGCGUCUUGCCAAAUACAAUCAGCUAUUGAGAAUUGAGGAGGAGCUUGGAGCAGAGGCAGUGUAUGCAGGAGUCAAUUUCCGCAAGCCUGUGAAGCCAAUACUAAUGAGAGAAUCAAAUGGAGCUGAGAGUUUGAUGAUGUGA